AUGUCUUCAGAGCGUUGGCGAGCGCUCUCGCUGCGUGUCGACCCCUUACAACUACUGGAACUUGCGCCUAUCCGCGGGAAACUGCUUUUGCUCGAGCGGCUAGAGCUGUCCCGGGGCAGUAAUGCCAACGACAGAAAAUUCUUCGUGGACUGCAAUCUUUUCGAAUUCGCGCCCGCCUUGCGGAGCUUUACGUUCGAAGACUUUCCGCCUCGCGUCCCGUGGCAGCAGCUCACAGAGGUUCGGCUGAAGAUCACUUCAGGAUUCCGCAGCCACCUCCACAAGUCUGUUUAUAACGCGCUCUCAUUCAUCGAGCACUGCUCCGCUUUGUGCAGCGUUAUGGUCUGGGGUAUCACCCCGCCUUUCCACAAGACCCAGGAGCAACUUGCCGACUGGCCCACUAAGCCGCUAUUUACUUCACCAAUUAGGUCCUUUUAUCUCGGGACCUUACCCCGCAACGACGAGCAAGCCCAACUGGCGGGACGCAUUUUCCGCCUGCUCGAUCUCCCGAAUCUCGCCGAAUUCAAACUCCAGUCGACAUUUCUUGUGGUAAAUUACUGGGACCCCGCGGCCUUCACCGCGUUCGCUCACCGCUCGUCGAAUAUAACCGUUCUGCAUCUGCGCGAUGUUUAUAUUUCCCCGCCCGCGCUGCUUCAGGCACUCGGCCAAGUGCCGCGGUUGGAGGAUCUUGCUGCUGGGGACACGCACUUCAAGUUGCAGGAAGCGUACCAUUUUGCGAUCACGGACGAGGUCCUGCACGCGCUGCUCGAGCCCGGGCCCAGUCUGGUGCCAAAUCUGCGCCGCCUGGAGAUUACGUCUUUCCUCGAAUUCGACCACGGUCUCUUGCUCGACGUUAUCAGGCUUCGCGUGCGCGCGCGGAGUACUGUCAACUUGAAUGCGGGUGGGGCGUUUGUCUUCCGUGCGGUGUUACUGGCGAUGACGAAGGAGCAGGCGGAGUAUCGUGAACUGGCGAAUGAAGGGCGACUCCGGCUUGAGCGGGAGCUCCGGGAUGGGUGUGUAGAGGGUUUGCGAUUCACGAUCGACAUGGGGGUCUGA